GCUGCUGAGGGCGGGGGAUCCCGGCUUCCUCCCUGUGCCGGCCGGAUGCACAGCAGCACCUGCCGCUCAGAUACCGGCACCAGGCGAGGGAGAGACGGGGGCCUCGUCCUCCCCUGUGGCGGCAGCGGCAGCCCAGAGAGCAGGAGGCCGGGAACAAAGGCUCCGCGCCAGCCCCUGCGGCUCCACCUGCCUCCCGCGGCGAUGGCUUCCCUCAGCCUGGGGGGGCUGAACGUCUCGGCCCGCAGGAAGAGCGUCCAGUCCCGCAACGCGGCUGUGGAGAGGAGGAACCUGAUCACCGUCUGCAGGUUCUCUGUGAAGACUCUGAUUGAUCGUUCCUGUUUUGAGACUAUUGAUGAUUCUUCCCCUGAAUUUAAUAAUUUUGCAGCCAUUUUGGAACAGAUUUUAAGUCAUCGUCUGAAAGGUCAGAUCACCUGGUUUGGCUAUGAAAGCCCUCGUAGCUUCUGGGACUAUAUCCGAGUAGCUUGCCGUAAGGUUUCACACAAUUGCAUCUGCAGCAUCGAGAAUAUGGAGAAUGUCGGUUCUUCUAGAGCAAAGGGCAGAGCGUGGAUCAGAGUGGCACUUAUGGAAAAACAUCUGUCAGAAUAUAUUUCUGCAGCUCUAAGAGACUUCAAAACAACCAGGAGAUUUUAUGAAGAUGGAGCAAUUGUCCUGGGAGAGGAAGCAAAUAUGCUUGCUGGCAUGCUGUUGGGACUCAAUGCUAUUGACUUCAGUUUCUGCCUGAAGGGAGAGGGAUUGGAUGGCAACUUUCCAGCUGUAAUAGAUUACACACCCUAUCUGAAGUUCACCCAAAGUUCUGAUAGCAUCAGCAGUGAUGAAGAAGAGCUAAGGACUCUGGGGAGUAGCGGCAGUGAAAGCAGUACUCCGGAAAAUAUUGGACCUCCUUUCAUCAUGGAUGAAAACAGUUGGUACAACAAAUGCAAAAGGGUAGAACAGAAGUAUCGACUCACCUUGGAGCAGAAGGGUUAUCUUGAAGAGCUAGUACGCCUUAGAGAAACCCAGCUGGCUGAAUCUGUCUCACAAAACAAACUACUGCUACAGAGGAUUGAAGAUAUGGAUCUAGCCCAUAAAAUGGAGAAGGAACAGCUGGAGUACAUAAUUGUAGAGCUUCAGGACCAGCUAACUGUGCUAAAGAAUAAUGAUCUGAGAUCAAGACAAGAGUUAACUACCCACCUAACCAAUCAGUGGCCUUCCCUGGGAGCUCUGGAUGUCAAUGCUGUUGCCUUGGAUACUCUACUCUAUAGAAAGCACAGUCAACAAUGGGAUGAGAAAAGUUUUCAAAGUCUGGACCAACUCUCAGCAGAAGUUAGUCUUUCUCAGACAUCUCUGGAUCCAGGUAAUUCACAAGAUGGAGAUGGAAAGCAAGAUGGAUUAAAUUUACUAAGUGAAGGUUCCCUUGUGGUGACAGCUGCCAAUGAGUGGAAGAGACUGGGAGAACAAGUAUCAAUACCAAAAGGGAAAGAUUCAAAGAGACUGGAUCUGUUUGGGAAGGAAGACACCCCAUCAUUGCUUGGUCUCUGUGGCUCUCUGACUUCUGUAGCAAGUUAUAAAUCUCUUACAAGUCUGAAAUCAAGUGAAUACCUUGCAAGUCCUACAGCAGAGAUGACAAGUCCAGGUCUAACUCCAUCUUGAGCAGCUAUACAUAACAAGGAAUAGCUUUUGUGUUGUAUGCAUUCAGUUUACAUGCCAUAAUUUGACUUGCUGUGAAGACUCUUAAAGGUUGAAGCAAGCUAAAGAAUAUGCUGCUUUAUUUCAUAAUGAUCUAUUUAAAGAAAAGUCACAAAACUUACAUCCAUUGUUUGUCAUGCUUUUCUUUAAAAGGAUUUUUCCUGCACUUACCCUUCGAGAUCUUAAAUUGUUUAAGAAUCCCAGUCAGGUACAGAAUGUAUGUAUGAUUUAGUAACAAAUGAUUACCUUUUAGAAUGAAAUAUGUGAACAUCAGUCUUCGGCUAAACAGUCGUGAUCUAUGCUCCACAGGCUCUUAACUAGAGCACUUCCUUGUACUGCUCUGCAUAUUUGUCAACACUUGCAGAAGAGACAGAGAAUAAGUCUUGGCAGGCUAGCAAAGGAAUAUCUGAAUUCCAGUUUACAUUAUAUUACAAACCAUUCCUUGUUUAAAUAUCAUAUUUUAAUCUGCAUAUGUUCUAUUAUGUAGGAUCUCAAAUAACUUAUUUAACCUGUUAGAUGUUUUGAAAUACUGACAGGUAAGUGUUAAACUUGCAUUCCCAUUAUGCCACUUAGAGAGUUAUUUUUAAUGUUCAGAUAAGGCCAUAUUAAGAAACAGUAUACAUCCCUAGGUUUUGAUGAGGGGACAGAGUAACAAAUUUUAUACAUCAGGAUUACUUCCAACUUUUAAGAAGGGAUUAGGAGGCGAGUCACCAGGUGAUCAUGGGACCCAAAUGAGGAAGAACUUUGCAGGUAGAAGGUGCAUCUUAAGUCAGUAACACAAAGCAAGUAACUAUGUUAAUGUAAAGGUGGGGGAAACAUGGUGAUGUCAUCACCUUACAGCUUUGGGAAAAAUCCCCCACCCCAUCAUGUCCACUGUAAAGGAUCUCAGGAGUAAAAAAGGAUUAGAUUGAAAAUUGAUAAUUUAAAUGACAAUAUUCUCAUGCUUGUGGGUUUUUUCCCCCCUUGGAAGAGUUUUGGAUAGGUAUUUUUCUUGGUUAUGCUGUGCAGUAAUACUUAAACAGAAGUGAAUCCUUUAAAAUUCUAUGCCUCUAAGCUACUGAUAUGAAUUACCUGAAAACAUUUUUAAAUGAAACUAAACUUCACAUCUUCCCAGUUUAACUCUCGCCUUUAAAGUUUGCAAAUUAAUUUUUGAAUUGCAAACUGUAUUCUUACAUCUUUGUAAGAUGUAACGAGUCCUUUAUCUAUGAAUUUUGCUAUUAAGGUAAUUCUCAUCAGUAUCUUUUAAAAAAAUAUUAAAUGCAUGUAAGCAUGUUGUAUUUAUUAAUCAAGGGGAAAAUGUUUUGUUGUGCCAAAGAAGUUUCAAAUAUUGUUUACAUGAGUGGCUUCAGUACUAAUAAGCUUAUUUAAUUACAGCAUACUUUUAGAUAGAUUUUUGCUUACAGUCAGAUACUAUUCUGUACUCUUUGCUUUAUUUAUAUUUGCCAGAGACAUGUGCCUCUUGUAAUCUUACCUUUGGCACUACUAGUUUUUCAAAGGGUGGGAUAAAGAAAAACAGGCAAUCUAAUCAUUCUUGUAAACAGAAGAAUGCAGGAAUGUUGCCUUGAUAAGCAUGUGAAAUUACACAUUUUCAGAACUGACUAACCCACUCUAAUGAUCUCUGAAAUAAAACUUAAUUAGAACAGUAGUGCUCCUUUCCUAAGGUCUACCAGAAUGACUAUUACUGCACGAAGUAAUGUCCUGGUUCUUGCACUAAGAACAUGAUCUCAUGGCAGUUGAGUAGCUUAACGGAACAGCAUUCAUUAAAUAUUAAUUUCUAAACUAAAGAUGCAUUUUUAAUGCAAAGACAGUGAGAGAAGCAGGAUUCCAUAAAGUUAACAUUACCAAUUUGUGUACAGUAACUUGAGCAACUUGUGGUGUUUUAAACACUUCUCCCCGUACAUCACUGUUCUUUGGCUAUAAUCAUGAUUUUCUAGUCAUGUCAGCAGAUAGCUCUGUUGGAGGAGCUUAUAUAAAAUUCAUCUGUCAUGUAAUUUAAGUUUUAUGUAAUCUUUCACACUAGUAUUAGUUUGUAAAUGUCAGUGUUUGUGCAUGAGGAAGCUGAUUGCAUGUGUGUGUCAGUUCUAAAUGCUGUCCAUUUUUCUGAAAUAUUUGAACAAAAAUAAAUGCCAAAAUUGUAUGUGUAUUUUGUUGCCGUGCUAUAUUAUAACUGUUGCAUGUAAAUUAAACAUUUUAUAUCGU